AUGGCUCAGACGGCCCAGAAGGCAUCCAGCUCAAAGCGGAGGGCACCGACAGACGAUUCCUCCGACCCGCCAACUCCAGCGAAAAGGCCGAAAUCUGCGACCGCGCGAAAGAGCACUGGGGGACACAAACCUAGACGUGUAGCAGAGCCUGAACCACCAAAACCGAAACGCCGCUUCCAUCCCGGUACUGUGGCAUUGAGAGAAAUUCGUAAAUACCAGAAAAGCACGGAUCUCUUGUUGAGGAAGCUGCCAUUCUCUCGUGUGGUUCGCGAAAUCGCGCUUGACAUGCAAACCAACUUGAACGGCGACGCCGAUGUUGCGCUACGGUGGCAGAGUUCCGCUCUCAUGGCUCUGCAAGAAGCAGCAGAGGCUUAUCUUGUUCACCUCUUCGAGGAUGCGAAUUUGUGCGCGAUUCAUGCGAAACGAGUGACAAUCAUGACCAGAGACAUCCAGCUGGCUCGUCGGAUUCGCGGGCCAUGGGGAGGGCUAGCAUGA